CUUUUAUUUUGAACUAGUGCCAUGACGUCACAAGGCUGCGCCGCUUUCCUGCAUCUGUCGUGGUUCGGCUGAAGAAAGGACAAAGUGUCCAAACUCACAGAAAAACUCCUGCUGAAGUGACUGAGACACACGUGACACACAAUUAUAAAGAUGGAGUAUAUUAAAGAGGAGAGUGAAGACGUGAAGAUUGAAGAAACAUUCAGAGUCAAACAUGAAGAUACUGAGACACAAACAGACUUGAUGUCACGUAAAGAGGAGAGACAAGAAUGGAAUGAAAUGGAAGACAAAGAUCAGUAUGAGAUGCAUCAUAAAUUGGUGGUUUCUCCAGUGAAGUCAAGUUGCUCACAGACUAAAAAGACUUCAUCACGAAAAAGAGCUCAAAAGACAGGAGCUAUACGUCAUUUCGCCUGCCAACAAUGUGGAAAGAUUUUCACUGUAAAAAGAAACCUUGAUGUUCAUACUAGAAUUCACACUGGAGAAAAGCCUUACAGCUGCCAGCAGUGUGGGAAAUGUUAUAUUAAAAAGGGAACCCUUAAAGACCACAUGAGAACUCACACUGGAGAGAAACCGUACACAUGCCCUCAAUGUGGAGUAAGUUUCACUCAAAAAGGAAUCCUUGAAAGGCACAUUAGAAUUCACACUGGAGAGAAGCCGUUCACCUGCCAAGAGUGUGGAAAUAGCUUCAUUCGAAAAGGAUGUCUUAAAGGCCACAUGAGAAUUCAUACUGGAGAGCAGCCUUACAAAUGCUCUCAAUGUGGAAAGAGUUUUACAUAUAAACAAGGUCUUAAUGCACACAUGAAAAUUCACACAGGAGAGAAGCCUUACAUAUGUGAUGAGUGUGGAAAGAGUUUCUAUCAACAAGGAUACCUCAAAUUCCACAUGAGGAGUCACUCUGGAGAGAGUCCUUUCACCUGCCAACAAUGUGGAAAGAGUUUUACAAGAAAAGCAAACCUUGAAGUCCACAUGAGAAUCCACACUGGAGAAAAGCCGUUCAUAUGCCCUCAGUGUGCAAAGAGUUUCCAUCAACCAGCAAACCUCAGAGUCCACAUGAGAAUUCACACUGGAGAGAAACAUUUUACCUGCCAACAGUGUGGAAAGAGUUUCACUCAAAAUGGAAACCUCAAAGCCCACAUGAGGAUUCACUUAAGACCGAACAGUUUUAUGUGUCAUGUGUGUGGAGUGAGUUUCACGGACAGGAACGAAUAUAAGAAUCAUGUAACAACUCACACUGGAGAGACAUGAGAAUUCACAGUGAAGUGAAGCCUUUCACAUGCUUCCCUGAGGAAAGAGUUUCAGAGUCAUAUGAGGCAUUACAAGCCAUUUACUUAUCUUAAAGUGCUAGUUCACCCAAACUUAGUUAACCCUCAAGUAGUUCCAAACCUGUAUGAGUUUUUUUCUUAAGGCUGGAAUACAUUA